AUGUCUCGUAAUCUGUCGCCAGCAAGCAAGGAGCGCUAUCGCGGGCAGAUGUGGCUCGACAUCUUGCACCGGCAAACUGAUGGCGUUGACCUUGUUGCUCUGGUUCUAGAGAACCCAUCCAAGGUACUGCAUAACGGAGCUAUGCGCGCCGCCCUCCUCGGCCGCUCAUACUACCCGCGCGACCAGGAGCAUAUAGUUCAGAGACCGGGCAUUACAGGGACGCCACCUACCGCUGACUGCUGGAAGCUCAUCAUAUGCGACGGCCGCCAUGUCGAGGACUCGGCCGACCUCGACCGCCAGUACCGCGCCCAGUUGAAGGCCGAGGAGCUGCAGACGCCCGAGGAGCGUGCUAGAGAGGCCGUCCGCACUUCGUCGGAACGCCUCGCUCGCAGAAACGCCAAGCUCAUGAUUCCCACCCUUGAGAAGCUUUCCCCCGAAAAGUAUGCUAUGAUGCUGGAGCGUGGCACUCUCUACACCGUCUGGCACAAGGUCAUGCCUAAGCCGCUAGCCUGGAUCACGGAUAUUACCGAGGAUGGUAGUGAUUGGGGCUUCGUUUUCUAUAGGUCCGCCCAAGUUAUGCAACGCGUUGGUGGCCGCUGGGAUGAUGCCUUGAACGUCUCGAGGGCCUCGACGAAAUCUUCUAUUCGGAGAACCUGGCCGACCAGCCCAUCUUUGCUACGGCCGGUCCUGGUUCCAUCUAUCGUGCGGGUGAGAACUUCCUGCGAUACUGGUCCCCAAUCUGGAUUGAGGACACCGUUUUUUGUAGACGGUGACCUAUGUAGUACCCGGGAGCACUUUAAAGAAUACCGAAAGACACUGGACGAGACUGAUGGAAUACUUGAUAACACCCUAAUCAUUAUCGACUCGGACUGCGUCCACCCCGACCUCCUAACGGUAGAUGAACUUAACGAGCUGCCGCAGUUGGUGUUUUGGGUCUGGGCUUGCGAUGCUGAUUGGGAGCCGCCCGCCGGUUGCGAAGCCGACGAGGACGGGUAUCAAGGGCGCCUCAAGGUGCCCUUUGUGUGUUUGCAGGCGUGGUUCUACGUUGCAAGGCUCAAAGACGUCGACAUGAAGGCUAUGUGGAAGAAGGCGCAGGGCCACCCGCAGCAAUUAUGGGUGUGCAACUCACUGCCGCAGCGAGAGUGGAAGCAUGAGCCGUACAUCUAA